GAUCUAGGAGCCCGAGCCGGUGGUAGGGCGGGCGCGGACCGUGCUGGGAGCGGCGCGGCUGGAGCGCAGCGCCGAAGGGACUGGCAGGGCGGAAGUGUGCGGGACAGCAAGCCCCCGAAUAGCCCCGGCUGCCACCUCGCAGGACCCAAGGCCACGCGCGCCGGGCCCAGCUGAGCCGCCUCAUGAAGCCGCCCGCGGCGCAGGGCAGCCCCGCGGCCGCCGCGGCCGCAGCCCCGGCCCUGGACUCGGCGGCCGCGGAGGACCUGUCGGACGCGCUGUGCGAGUUUGACGCGGUGCUGGCCGACUUUGCGUCGCCCUUCCACGAGCGCCACUUCCACUACGAGGAGCACCUGGAGCGCAUGAAGCGGCGCAGCAGCGCCAGCGUCAGCGACAGCAGCGGCUUCAGCGACUCGGAGAGUGCAGAUUCACUUUAUAGGAACAGCUUCAGCUUCAGUGAUGAAAAACUGAAUUCUCCAACAGACUCUACCCCAGCUCUUCUCUCUGCCACUGUCACUCCUCAGAAAGGCUCUAGAGAGAACCAAAUCAGAAUGAGGACUCGUUACCUUGUGUGGGCACCUGGAGGGGAUGAGGCUGUCCUGGACCCAGAAGACUCAUGGCGCCUUCCCUGUACCAUUUUGAUAAGAAACAGUGAACUCUUCAUUCAUUUCAUAUUGGAGGAACUCUGAGGGCUGCAGCGUUGCCUUGGGACAGCACAAGCAAGAAUGCAUCAGAAGGCUAGUGCCGCAGGAAUGACACAGUCUAGGUGUCUGCUCUGCACAGUGCUAUGCUUACUGAAUUUUUUGACUAAUAACUCAUAUUCUACACAAUACAAAAACCAGACUCCUUUUAUCUUCCCUUCCUGCUCCUCACUCUCCUGCAAACAUUUAAGACAGUGAAGGAAGAUUCCUCUUCUAGGUGAGGGAGAAGUUGGGUGGGAUGUUUGGAGAGAGUGGUGAUGAACUAAAAAAUAAAGAAACACUUAGGCUAGUCUUCAGAAUCAGUUUCUGAGUUUACUGUAUCAAAACACUGGAGCACACACUUAGGGUUGGCCCAGGACACUCUUCAAUAAAAGUCUCUGAAGAUAAGGAAGUAGAUGUAAAAUAGAAAUAAUCCAUUCUAUAACUCUGGAAGUUCCAACUUCCUGGAAAACUCAAUAUGGAGUCAUCAGCUGUCUUUGUUAUGGAAACUGAACUCUCUCUCUCUCUCUCUCUCUCCCUCUCCUGUU